AUGGCCGACUCGCGCAGUGCCUUCGGGCGCUCCGGAUCGGCGGCAGGCGACGGGUUGCGCGGGGGGGCCAGCAAAGACGAAGGUGUUAGGAAUGAUGUUUUAAAAUUCAAGUCAUCCUUAUCCCCUCCGAACACCUUACGUGUUCCAACUAUAAAGGAUGGCGGGGCCCCUGCGCAAGCCGUGGCCGGCGUGGUUCCUGACGCAGCAGCAACCCCAGCAGCAGCUGCAAAGCAAACCCGUUUGCCCGGGCGGUUCGAAGACUUCCCUCCUUCCUCUUCCCACGUAGCAGAUGACCCAGCGGCGCUCUUCGUCCUCAGUAAAAAAGGGCCGCCAGGGAGACCCGGACGGGAUGCGCCCCCACCAAGCUUGGGCUCCAGACAGUUCUCUGGCGGCGCUGCUGCGGGCGGCCGGAGAGGCGUCAGCAGGGAAGGAGGCGAUGAAACCUCUGAAGAUGAAUCUCUUCACAAACUGGAUGUGUACGGCAUGGAAGGUCAGGGCCUUGGUGGCUCUCAUUCUGCAGCGGACGCGUUGCUGCUUUCGGGGUCGAAAGUCUUCAUUAGAGGCAAAGAGAAAAUCAAAGGAAAGAAAUCUGACUUCAGGGGCCUCGUCACAAUGCAAGUCAUAGACCCUUCUCUCCUUGGCAAGCCACUGUUGCAGCAGGUGCAACCUUUCCAGUUAGCUGGCAGCAGGGGAGGGACCCGAUAUGGCCGUAUUGUGCAGAACGAGCUCCCGAAUUUGAUGCACCUCAGCAAAAGCAGCGUCAUACCCGCAGAAGCUCAGCUUGGAGAUGGAAAAAAAGACCCAGAAGAGUCGAUAGACAGCCUUAUGUAUCUGCCGUCCUGCGACGACACGGCGAUUAUUGAUUGUUUGCAGCAGCGGUUUAACCGUGGCAAUUAUUUCACGUCCUGUGACAACCUGUUGAUAUUUGUGAACCCUUGGGACUCACAUGACGCAGCGAGUGAAGAGGUAUUCAGCCGCAGCACAGCCGUGCACUACUGGACGUCCCGCGUGGCGGAGCUGCCAUCACAUCCUUACUUGGUGGCUCGCCGGGCGUUCACGAAUGCAAGAAAACAGCACACAAACCAACUCGUACUCACCUUUGGAACGUUCGGCUCGGGGCAAGACCGUGUGCACCACGAGCUAGUGAAGCUUUUCAUUCGCUUUGCCUUGAUCAUGGAGGAGACCUGGGUAGGGCUGCUUCUUUGUUUCCCCUUCGACGCUUUCAGCAGAAAGCAGAACUGUUCUUCUGUACCCCUAUACUCAAGCUCUGGCUGGCUGCUGCUGUCGGCAGUACCUUGCAACGUGCUGAACUUUGUGGGUGCACCGCUUUCCUGUGCAGACAGACGAACAGGCACUCGCCAUGGAAACCAAGAGAGACGCUGCAGUGUCCCUUUUGGAGUCGCUGCACAUUACGAAGAGGGGGGAGCUGUUUGGGGGACGGCUGAUGGACCUCUUUCAAGUAGAGAGUCGCUGCACAUUACGAAGAGGGGGGAGCUGUUUGGGGGACGGCUGAUGGACCUCUUUCAAGUAGAGCUUGACUCCGAAGGAGACGUUGUGGGUUUCAGCUUCUUGCCCAACUCAUCCUUUGAACCCAGCCAAGACAUCAUAUCGUGGCAGAUGCGGCAGGCUGCCAGUUCGGUGCCCCUGCCCAACAUCUUCUACCAUUUGAUGUACGGCAUUCACUACAACCCCAGCGACCCGCUGCUGAAGAACGCGGGACUUCAUCCUGUCGACGUGAAGACUUUGAUGCAUUACUUUCCUGCCCCUUUUCUGCUGUACGAAGACGUACACUACGAGAAGUGUCAACAAAUCCUCGCCGAUCUUUCCGCCAUCGGCCUCUCCGACAAGGAAAAGGCCGAGUUCCUCUCUCUUCUUUGCGCUAUUCUUGUAGCAGACGUCGUGAGUUAUAAGAUACAAAACGAGCUCCCGGCAGAAGCGGAAGAAGUAGAAAAGGAGGAGGAAGCCCCCGUGCCAGCGGCGCCGAGGGUGAGGCGCAUAACAAAGCAAAGCGGCCAGACACUUGAGCGCACACUCAUGGUAGGCAAGAAGUCGGCGAUGAAUUUGGCUGGUCUCGACAUUAUCAAUCUGCUGGCGAGUCUCCUAGGCGUUGACGAGACGGUAAUGCGAGACAUCUGCUUGGGGACAGACGCCUGGCAGGUGCGGUAUUUGGCCCUCAAGCUUUUUGUGCGUGUGCGUUGGUGGCUACUGGGAAUCAUCAGUCAAAGUCUGCGGCUAUCCAAGAAGACGGAUGUUCACAAUCGGGUGACGCUGCUGAAGGCAGCUGGCCUGGACUUUCGACGUGUGAGCCCGGAGUGGGCUUUCAACCAACUGCUGCACAACUACGCGGAGGAGUGUUUACUCCACAUAUUUGCAACUUGGGCGUUCACUCUCGCAAACUUUAGCUUGAACGACGAGAUCCUUGAGGUUUUCACUGGCCCCCACGGUGUAUGGCAAAUAUUGAAGCACGAACACACAACUAGGGGGGGAGAAGCAGCAGAUGAUCUGUCGGACGGAAUGCCGUUAGCUGCCGUCUCCUUCGUUGAUCGAAUCCUCAAGAGCAAAGGCAAGACUGAGAAAAUACGAAAAGUUCCAGGGUAUGAGCCUCCAAAACCUGAAGUUCUACGCCCUAAAAUGGCAGUGAGGGUUGUGAAAGCCACUGCGAAUGUGAGCAAAGGGGCAGUAGUAGCUGGUGGCACUUCCGCCAAGAAGGCAUCCGGCUCCGGUUUGAACCCAAGACUUCGGACACUGCUACUUCAAAGCAAGCUUGGGCUUCUGCGCUCACUUGUUGAACAUGAGACGACUCAUGACGUUAUUCCCCCCGACUGUCUCCGCAUUAGCGAGGCUCCACAAACCAAUUUUAUUGCGUGCGUUAGUGCGCUUCGGCCACUCUCAGCUGCAGGCGCGGACGAGGAGGCAGCGUCAUCGUCGAAGUUCAGCUCCUACGUCAAGCGCUGGAGGCAGAAGAGCGACAGCGGGCAAUUGGGAGGGGCGCCAUACCAGGAGGACGCUUACUCUGGGAUGGCUGGCGCUUUGUGCCAUGAACCUCAAGUGCCUCCUCGCCUCAGAGCUCUCCUGGCCAGUGAAGCUAAGCUCGGGCGCAACCGCAAUGGCUAUUUGCUAGGAUUCAACUCUGUUGACGUAUGGAAGCAACUACACGAUUUGCAGGUGUUGACCUACUGCACAACCCGCUACCUUGGUAUGACAGUGCGGCUCCUCUACAGAGAAUUCCUUGAGCUCUACGCGAUUCUCUGCAUCCCAACUUCGUACGAGCAGCAAACGGCAAAGCUGUUGUUACAACAUCCAGAUCCCAAGGCAGCCAGUGCAUUUUUGCUGCAGGCCCUUAGAUUUCCUGACACGGGGUAUCAGCUGGGAAGGACUAUGGUAUUCUUCCGCAAAGCUGCGUUCAUAAUUCUGGAAAAGACGAGAAUCGACUACCUUGAGCGUCUGGUGCCCGCUGUUACCCGCGUGCAACGCAUAUGGCGAACUGUGCGGGAACGCGCCUUCGUGGCGGAUAUGCGCUCGCUGUGCGUCCGAGUGCAGAGUCACGUCCGUCGAGUCCUUUUGAUACGGGAACGGAAAAGGAUCCAGCCUCUCAGGGAUCUUUUCUUUGGGGCCGUCAUUACCGCGGGUAUCGCGUAUGCCUUUCGGCGGUUGGGCCUUAGUGACGAGGUCAUCCAGUCCAUCGAGAUGAAGUAUAGGAACAGGGAGGUAUACUGCCUUCGAUGGAGUGCGGCUGUGUGCGUUCAAUCUUGGUGGCGUUCAAUCAUGGCUCAGAAACAGGCGGACUUCGAUGGAGUGGAGGGAACGCCGCAAGUUCCAAGAGUUAAGAGGACUUACUAUGGCAUUUCUGUCUAUUCAACGGAAGGGAGCAAAGCUGUACAGCAUGCGUGUCAUGCUAAACUACCGGCCAAUUAUCCGGCGGACAACAGUGAUGCGGGAAAUGAUUUCGUAGGGCGUGUCAUGCUAAACUACCGGCCAAUUAUCCGGCGGACAACAGUGAUGCGGGAAAUGAUUUCGGUGCAAAUGAACACCUCUGUCGUUCGUAUCCAAAGCUUCUUCAGGAUGGUCAUUAUCAAGCAGCAAUAUGUACGCCUAAGGAAUGCAGCAAUGCUGUGUCAAGCUGGAGCUUUGAUGAGGCUUCGUCGGGGAGACUUUCUUCUAGCCAGGCGCAUGGUCGUAAAAAUACAGCGCUGGUGGCGUUCGAUGCUUUUACUACGGGGAUUGGAUCUGGAACUGGCGUUGCCUCUUCCUAUCAAACUGCCAAAGAAAGCGGACUCUGUGAUCAAACGACGUGAGCGUGUUUCAUUUGAACUGCUGAGACCUCACCUUCUGAGGGUCCAAGGGGUGUUCAGAGUUGAACGAAUGCGUCAGGAGACCCACUAUGCCUACCCCAUCAGCUUGAAUGCAAACUGCGAUUGCCGUGCUAUAUAUCCUCGCACGUGGGCACAGCCGCUUCAGGAUCUUUUAGUGCAAAUAGAGAUAUCUCUGACCAGGCAACACAAUGGAUACAUGGCUGAGGCUGCACAUAUGGUGCCGAUUAUGCUUCAAGACUUGGCAAUUGGCGGCCACCACAGUCUGGCGCUUCUAGCGGUGAGACAGCCGGCUUCCGAGAACUUCGCCACCCGCGUCCGGGCAGUUGUCAAGGGAGGAAGUUGGCAGGACUUUAACCUUGUCCCCAGUGUAUAUGCAUGGGGUUGGGGGGACAGAGGACAACUUGGGGAACCGCAGACCCCAAGGGAGCAGGGAAUGACCUGCGUCGGCCCCCUGAAGUUUGUAGACCGGGUUUUCAAAGAUACAGUGGACUCGAAAACCGGCCAUCUGGUGCAGCAACUCGUCCAGGAGGUCGACUAUACGCACAAAAUAUGUGCAGUGGCAGCUGGUCUAGACCACUCGGUCGCCCUGUCCAGGAGGCUGAUGUGGGCUCGGUGCCCAACCCUGAUUCCCACUAUCCGUAACAAUGGCAUCAGACUGAAAAGCAUCGCUGCGGGACCCCGACAUACAGGAGCGGUGUGCUCUGACGGAAAGGCUUUGAUGUGGGGUGCUGCCCACUUUGUCCGUCUACCUACCGUCAUCCCGGACUCGCACUCUUACACUCCGCGAGAGGUACCCGUUGACUCCUCUGAAGAGGCACUACAAAUUUGUUGUUCAUCUGGAUUCAACGUGAUGCGGACAGCUGGCAGCAGUGGUGUUUUUGCAUGGGGGUGCAAUGAUAGCGGUCAACUUGGUCAAGGAGUCGAAGACAAGAAGUCCAGAGAUGUCCCAACAUUUGUCCCCAUUCCAACGACGCCGGCUCACCGUCAUGUAGUUUCGAAGGUUGCAGUGGGGACAAGAUUCGUUGUUGUGUCUCUUCAACAACCGUCGUGUUUUCUGUACACGUGGGGAGCACUUCGUGUUGUAGAGGCCUCGCAAAAGGCCUCUGGGCUCCCAGAGGGUUCAGAGGGUAAAAAGGCAUCUGCCGCGGCUGAACAGCGAGCUGCUGCAAACCCAUUCCUGAAGUUUGCGGGCUUCAAAGUACAACAACCACAACCAAGCAAGCCAGCUUUACCUCCUGGUAGGGUAGACAAAGUGAAGUUGAAGGCGAUCUGCACGCCGACUUGCGUGUCUCACUCUCUGUGGAAGGGUGACGCCGUGAUAGACAUAGGAGUCACAGGCACAGAAGUGCUGGUUCUCUUUGAAUCCCGGAUCGUUCAUGGGUAUUCCACCGUGGAGGUUCUAUAUUCGAAAAAGCCUGCGGCCUCUGUCCCCGUUGCAGAAGAGCGUGUGGUUGUUCAGUCCUUCUUCUUUAAGAAGCCACCAGACCAACCCAAGACCCAGGAAACACCCAAAGAAAAGGCUAUAUCGUGCGAAUUAGAGCGCUUGAAGGGAGAGUUCAAGCUUGAGCCGGGCAUUUACAGCCUGCGGCAUCUAAAGCCUUUAAGGAUGGCAAUACGGUCAAUACACACCACUGGAAACGCAGUCUCGCUAUCUUUCAGCUGGGCGAAGGCGGUGACCCAAUAG